CUCCCCACCAUUUUGUGCUGUGAUCGCAAGGUUAGCUGCUUGAUCGUGCUGUGUUCUCCUGUGCGUUCGGGCUUGAGGCGGAAUAUCGAAGGGGCCUUGAUGGCGGAGAGUCAGUCAGCGGCCGGGCUGGGGGAAUUCACAUCCCUUGGUGGGGCCGCGGCUCUCGGCUCCGAACCCGAAACGACGCGGGAAAAGCGACCUGCGGGCCGAGCUCAAACGCCGUAACCUAGACAGCGGCGGCAACAAGAGCGUUCUCAUGGAGCGGCUGAGGAAGGCCAUUGAGGAUGAAGGAGGAGAUCCUGAUGAAAUUCCUGUGGCCUCAGAACUGACCAAUAAGAGAACACCAAAAAGAAUUAGCAAAGGCAGAAAACCAGAAGAAGAAGGUGUUGAAGACAAUGGACUAGAAGAAAACUCUAGAGAUGGGCAGGAGGAUAUCGAAGCAAGUCUGGAUAACUUGCAAGAUAUUGACAUGAUGGAUAUUAGUGUGCUAGAUGAGGCUGAAAUAGAUAACAACAGUGCUGUAGACUGUGGAGAAGACUAUAGUCCUGAGAACAUUCUUGAUUCUCUAUCUGAUAAUAAGGACAAUGUUGAAGCAGAAAUUAAAGAACUUCCAGAUCAGCUAACAGAAAAUGAGGAAGAUUAUGAUGAAAUUGAGAACAAUUUACACGUCUCUUCUGAUUUAAUUGAAAUGAAGAAAAUGGAGAAGCUACACUUGGAGCCAGGUACUGUUAAAGAAAAACAUGUUCCUGUCUUUUCAACUAAUAUUUUUAAACCAUUAACUAUUAAAAAAACAGGCAAACAAACAUAAUUUGCAUUAUUUUUAUGAUGGACAAUCCAGAUCAUGCAGGGUCAUAGAGAUUGGAAACCCAAUCAUAUCCCCAGAUCUGUGAAGUGAUGCUUGUCAUCUUUGAAAUAUUUCCAGUGAAAUGAAAUGGUUUAAAAACCUGUUAAACUACAUAAAUGGAUUUAGAGAAGUUAAUCACAGUUUAAAAGCUAAAGAUUCUACUUGUAAACAGAUCUUGUGAUAUCGCACACACCUUUACUCUGUUACUAAGUAGAGAGCAGUGAAAGCAGUAAAAAGAUAUUUUAGGGCAUUAAAAUUUAAAGAUUAGUUACUGGAUACAGAAGAAAGAAGAGAGUUUCUUCAUGGAAAUUGCAUACAGAUACUUUUCACUUACUGGACUGCAAACACACUCAUGCACCAUCAGAAGAUGCCCA